AUGAGAAUAUCCAUUACAGAAUCCUUAGUGAUAUGUUUGGUCUAUUUGGAGACCCUUUUAGCACUGCUGUUGAGACUAAUUCCCAAGGAGGUUAUUAGAGUGGCAACAUGGGCUAUCAAUAAGUUUGAAGAAAGUGCAGAAUCACCUACAGAGCUGCAGCUGAGGUUAUCCCCCACUAUCCAUGAGAUGUGUCGGGUGUUUGGUGUGGAAGUGGAAGACCAUCUAGUGAGAACCGAGGAUGACUACAUCUUGACAUUACACAGAAUUCCGCCCAAACCGGGAACGUUUAAUGGUAAGAUUGUGUAUUUGCAUCAUGGUCUACUUAUGUGUUCAGACGUUUGGGUUUGCAACAUCAAGCGGGAUAAUAAUUUACCAUUUGUACUACACGACUUAGGGUUCGACGUUUGGAUGGGUAAUAACAGGGGCAACAAGUACUCAACAGCACAUCUAACCAGAAUGCCCAAAUCUCGUAAAUUCUGGGACUUUUCUAUCGAUGAAUUUGCAUUCUUUGAUAUACCUAAUUCAGUUGAAUUUGUUCUAAGGAGGACUAAAGUACCCCAGCUAAUCUGUAUUGGAUUCUCCCAGGGUUCGGCUCAAAUGUUUGCGGCAUUCUCAUUAAGUGAAGAGUUGAAUAAGAAGGUUUCACAGUUUAUUGCCAUAUCACCUGCCAUGACACCUCAUAGAUUGCAUAACAGAAUCGCGGAUAAAUUGGCCAAGUUGUCCCCAAGACUCAUGUACCUGUUAUUUGGUCGUAGAAUUUUACUGCCCACAGCUGUGCUGUGGCAGAAAACGCUACACCCCAAGAUAUUCAAUUGGAUGAUUGACUUUGGUAAUCGACAACUAUUCAACUGGAGGACGAGAAACAUUACACCCGAUCAAAAGAUGGUUUCUUACGCAAAACUUUAUUCUACAACGAGCGUAAAAUCUGUGGUGCAUUGGUUCCAAAUUUUGCAUGCGCAGAAAUUUCAAAUGUUUGAGGAGUCUGACGGUUUUAUCAACGUCAUACAAAAACCAUAUCAAACUGCAUGUUUCCCCACGAGGACGAACAUAAAAAUCCCUAUUCUUUUAAUUUACGGUGGUAAUGAUUCACUUGUUGACAUACAUGUUAUGAAGGAGAAUCUACCAAAAAGAGGAGUUUUUGACAUUAAAGUGGAAAAUCACGAGCAUUUAGAUUUAAUCUGGGGUGAAAAAGUAGAUACUUUGGUUAUUUCCAAUGUCAUUAAAUUUAUCGAUUUUUUCGAUCGUUCCUCACCAUUAUUGGAGGAAGCAAGCUCAAGUUUUCCUAAAAUCAAAGAUGAAGAUGAUGAUGGUGAAACCUUGUCGUUAAGGGACGAUGUGCCUUCUUCUCGUGAGGGCACUUAUCAAAAUUACGAUAAUCCGGCCUUUAACAACAAGGACUUUAGAGAUUUUGAAGUUUCCUAG